AAUGAAACGCCUCAUAUGGCACGUAUCAUUAUGAUACCAACACGUAGAAGACAUCCAGGUAGGGUAGGUACAUUACAUUAGAUUACAAUCCAAUAUGGCACAGGAUUACAGCAAAUGCUAUCAAGGAUUCCAAGCAAUUCUGGAUGGUGAUAAGUAUGAGUGUAAGCUGGUUGAGAAGUCCAAGAAGAAAGCAAAGGAGGAACUCCAUGAGGAUGACAAAGAAAGGGAUGCUGCAGUUGAGCAGUUGAGAACUUGGAUCAAAGAGCAGCCACAUCUAACUGCAUGCACAGAAACUACCUUUCUGCUACAAUUUUUGAGACGUUGCAAAUUUAGUCAAUUAGAAGCCAGAAAGAUGUUUGAUAAUUUCCACACCAAAAUUUGCGAUCAGCUGCCUUUUUGGAUGUGCAACAUUGAUGUUCAUAAACCUGCUCUGAGAGACCUUAUUACAAAUCAAAGAAUAUAUGUUCACUUACCGCACAGGGAUGAUGAGGGAAGGAGAAUCUUUUUAUGUCAAUUAGGUCGUUUUGAUGUUGGCAAGGAUAUUUUGUACAAUUUUCAUGACUACAUUGCUUAUAGUGGUGUUACAAUGAUGGUGUCAAAUAGAGAGGAAGAGACACAGGUUAAUGGCUAUGUUAUAUUUCUGGACCUAACAGACCAGACAAUGAAGCAUAUGACUUUUAUGCCAAUUGAAUUCAGAAGAAAACUUUUCGGCUUGUUCUCGAACCAACUGCCUGCCAGAAUAAAAUCAAUGAUUAUGUACAAUGCUGGACCUGUGUGGGAGACAAUGUGGAACCUUGCAGGUCACUUUGUCUCUGCCAAAAUUAAAGAAAGGAUGUCAUAUUGCAAAACUAUGGAGGAAGUAUAUAAGUUGAUUCCAAUGAGGUGUCUUCCUCGAGAAUACUUGCCAGAUGACUACAACGGACCAUGUGCUGGAAACCUAGCUGAUAUUGCCAGUAAGAAAAUACAAGAAAAAAAACAAAACUCCAAAGAGUAGUAAAUCCCACCGAACAAAAUAUAUGUUAUUAUACAGUGGCGGAUCCAGGAACCAACAGGGGGGGGCCCAAAUUUGAGGUUACCUCUACAGUGAAUUAAGCAAACCAGUUGUUAGAGACAGAAUCCUAGAACUCAGUACAAAAUAUUUCAAAGUUGAUGAAUCUAAACGACCUGUUAUUACAGACGCAGAAGUUGCUUCAUUUAGGAAGCUCCAUGUUGAUUAGGAAUAUCAAUAAUUCAAAUAAUAGUGAAGGAUUUGGAAAAAAUAAGUAAAUUUUAUAUUAUUCUAGAUUAAUCUAUGUAAUUAACGAAUAUUUGUUGACUAAAAAAUAAAUGGCAAUUUAGUUGAUACUUUUAUUAUUUUUACGACCUGAAGUGUAAUUCGAUGUAAUCGGG